CAAAUCUCGUCUCUCAGGCUCAAGUCUGUGAUAUUUAUUUUUAGAAUAAGAUUUAAGAAAGACCGUGAGUGAAGUGAAUCUAAUUUAAAUAUUGUAUAACAAUGUACAAAAUAUAUAUUGAGCAAAAUGUCUAAUGAUAACUACUUAGUGAAGGCAAUAUAUUCAUUUAAGGGUAAAAAUAAUGAUGAGCUUUGUUUCAAAAAAGGUGACAUUAUCACUGUUACUCAAAAAGAGGAAGGUGGUUGGUGGGAGGGUACUUUGGGUGAAACCACAGGAUGGUUUCCCAGUAACUAUGUAACUGAACACAAGGAUCCAGCUGGUUCACUGACGACAUCCCCCAUAAGAGCUGCCUCCGAGAUCCAGGCAUUUAGAAAUGUGGUGCUUAAAGAUAUUAUUGAUUCUGAAAAGGCUCAUGUGGCUGAAAUGCAGGGACUCGUUAGUAACUUCUUGCAACCUCUAGAAAACAGUGACAUGCUAACAAGGGAUGAAUUCAAACAAUUAACUGGUAACAUAAAUGAAGUAUUAGGAGUUCAUGAACAUUUCCUGUCUCUGCUGGAAGAAUGUGCCAUUAAAAGUGGGGCUGAUCAAAGGGUAGGAGGUUUAUUUCUGCAAUGGGCAGCAAAGAUUAAGUCUGUUCAUCAAACAUAUUGUGCAAGUCAUCCAAAGGCUGUGUGUAUCCUUGACAAAUACAAAGAAGACUUGAACACAUGGAUGGAAAAUGCUGGUGCUGUAUGCCCUGGAGUCUUAGUUCUGACUGCUGGUCUCUCAAAGCCGUUUCGUCGUUUGGGAAAGUAUCCUGCUAUGUUGCAAGAGUUGGCAAGACACGUACAUGAAGCACAUCCCGACAGAGGUGACACCCAUCGUGCCUCUGUUGUAUAUAAGGACAUUGCAAGUGGAUGUGCCGCUCUAAGGAGGCAAAAGGAGUUAGAACUUCAAGUAGUAACUGGUGAAGUUCGGGGUUGGCCAGGUGGUGAAUUAGCAACCCUAGGAGAUGUUUUACACAUGGGGAGUGUUGCAGUGGGGCCGUCACAUCAAGACCGAUAUCUCGUUCUGUUUCCCUCUGCGUUACUUUUGCUGUCAGUUAGCAAAAGGGUAUCUGCUUUUGUAUAUGAGGGCUGUCUUCCAUUAACUGGUAUUACAGUGUGUAAGCUUGAUGAUACUGAUAAAAGGAAAAAUGCAUUUGAAAUUAGUGGACCAAUGAUAGAUACGAUCGUGGCUGUAUGUCAAACUAGAGCUGAAGCUGAUAAUUGGGUCAGCCUAUUGCAGAAGCAUUCAAACAAUAGCAGUCCUGCACAUGAGCCAUCCCAACCCCAAUCUUUACCUCAUCUCGCCCGGUCUCCUUCAGAAGGAGCCUUAUCGAGCAUCAAUUCUAGCCGUCGAAGUUUAUAUCACGUAACAUUGCCGCCCCCUACCUACCCGGCUGCAUCACCAUAUUAUUCGCUCACGAAAUAUUUUGCGAGAUUAGUAAGAAAGAAAGUAAUAACAAGACAAAUGUUGCGUAAACUUUUACACGAACGGACUUGGGUUAAAGCUCUUGAAUUGUCCGGGCUGCCUGUAAAGAGGAGGCACAGGAAUCAUAUAAAGCUAAAAAUUGGAAAUGAUGGGACAGUGGAUGUUGAUAGCGAUUGUUCUGAUUCAGAGGAAAGUGAGCGCGAAUCUGAUACGACCGAUGGCUGCGAUACACAUUCUGCAUGUGACACUGAACCAAACAGUUCUUCGAGAGUGUUGCGACAAAAUGCAAUCGAUAGUUUUGGCGCACAGACUAUAUCAUCAUCUUGUAGCAGUUGGGAAAAUAGUUUCGGCUACGUGAGAUACUUUGACACGUCCAAUGAUUUGCACUUAGAUUUAUCCCAACAAAAUGUAAAUGCAGACUGCACCAAAAAAUUAUUCGAUGAUAUCAGUCCCUUUUAUAAUAGUUUACAAAAAUCGAGUCGAAAUAAUAAUUUAAAUGUUCAACAUUCCGGGAGUAGUGAAAACUUUGGUUUUGAAGGAAGAAAUUUUAUGGCUUGCGAGGAUUUAGUUAAUAUUGACCAAAACACACAAAUAGGCAAUUCGGGCAAUGAAGAUAAUGACUUUCAAUUGACGAGGCGUAGUUUUCCAAACUGUAAACACUUGAAAACUGAUGGCAAACCCAAACAAUGGAAAUCUACCGACGAAAGUUAUUGUAGAAUAGAAAUAGAUAACGAAGAUGCUGUCAUGUCAGAUUUAUUGAAAGUGCUCGAUCCACCCUCACCAAAGUAUGACAAAGACUAUCCGGAUGAACCCAUUAUACUUGAUCCCCCGCCAAUGUUUAGAAAUGUUGAGGAUGAUUUAAAAGUAAUAAACGUGAGCCUUAAUGACGAUAUUCCCUUUAGGAAGCAUUCUUUGAAUUCUGACAAAAAGCUUCGCAGAUCAAUAUCUAAAUCAAUGGUCGAAGCAGACAAAAAGAUAAUUAACGCUCACAUUGAGAGAAUGAGUUCGCAGUCGGAUAACCAAAGAGAUAGGAAGAAAUGUGAAUGUUGUAACAGGUCUCUCUGCCCGAGUCCUCGAUCGUCAGACUCUGGAGUUGCGGGAAGCUGCAAUUUAGCGUCUCCAGAAUUAAAUGUAUCUGAAUAUGUAACAGCUGGAAACAAUGUAAACGACGCUGAUAGUCAUGACAAUAUUGACAUGACUGGCUCUCUUCACAAUCUGAUUAAUCACGCACUCAUCAAUCGCAAACAGACACUCUCUGAUAUUGUGGCCGCUACAUUUGAAGAGCAAUGUCGAUGCACCUCACCUUUUGGUUCAACUGCUAGGACCUCAUGCGUCACUAGCGUUACCUCUGAAGUUAGCCUCGACGUCAAAGAUUUAUCUAAUACGGACGUCAGACCCACUUUCGUGGCCAGCCCGCCAGUGUCAUCGCCAAAAAUUAAACGGACUUCAGUUAGAUACAAUAUAGAACGAUAUGUGCCGGAAUUGAAAUUGAAACCGGAAGUGCCCCCUCGUAUAUACCGGAAGCCGAGCACGCAUCUGGAGUUACCCAAGAACGUGAGACAUCCCGUGCCAUGUCAGUGGAGUACACUGAACAUAACCGAACGCAGCAAGCCCAGCUUACACUAUCACAUGCGUAUAUAUCGGGAGAACCCAGAGAAUACAGGAAAUAGGCUCUCUCGGAAAGAUCUUUCCAGAAACUGUGACACUCAACUCAACAAGCAAAACAAUAAUGCUUUCAAAAGUCAAAAUUCAAGGUCUCGUAGCGAAGAUCUUUUGAAGGGAAAGAAUAAAUCCGAGGCUGAUACAGGAUUUAUGGUUUACCGUUCAGAUCUAUAUGCCCACUGGUGGAUGAAAGCCAAACUACCAAUUACCGUGGUCACCGACUCAGAUGGCCACGACCGACAGUAGUAACGAUCUAUCGUCCGGUCUCACCAACCACAAAAGAUCACAUUCAUUUAACAAUCACCACAGCUACUCGCAGCACACGCAACACUCACACAAGAGCCAACAGCAUCCGGCGGCUCGCUGGCUGCUCAACUCGUGUGAUUCGCUCGAC